CGGCGGCGGCGGCGGCGGCGGCGGCGGAGGGGGCACGUGGGUACCGCUGUCAAUCACGCGCGGGCUGGGCUCCGCGGGGCGCGAGCGGUGGAGGCGGCGGCGGCAGCGAUGGGACCCCGGCGAGAGAUCUGCGGCUAGGCUGGCUGCACUUGCUCCACGGGUCAGGGGAUCGGAGGGGCAGGAUUGAAGAAUGUGCUGCUGAAAAGAAAAGUUAAAAAGUAAACAACAGCAAAGGACAAGGCCUUCAAAGCUGAGAAGAAUGAGUUCUUGCAGCAACAUCUGUGGGUCCAAGCAAGCACAGGCGCCCACAGAGGGUGGGUUCCAGCGCUAUGGCGUGCGGUCCUACCUGCACCAGUUCUAUGAAGACUGUACGGCCUCUAUCUGGGAGUAUGAGGAUGAUUUCCAGAUCCAGAGAUCACCUAACAGGUGGAGCUCAGUAUUCUGGAAGGUCGGACUCAUCUCAGGUACAAUCUUUGUGAUUCUCGGACUGACUGUUCUGGCAGUGGGCUUUCUUGUGCCCCCCAAAAUUGAAGCCUUUGGCGAAGCAGAUUUUGUGGUAGUCGACUCGCAUGCUGUGCGGUUUAACAGCGCCCUCGACAUGUGUAAGCUGGCGGGGGCCGUGCUGUUCUGCAUCGGGGGCACGUCCAUGGCGGGGUGCCUGCUGAUGUCAGUGUUUGCCAAAAGCUACUCCAAAGAAGAGAAAUUCCUUCAGCAAAAGUUUAAAGAGCGAAUCGCAGAUAUUAAAGCCCACACUCAGCCCAUUAGUAAAGCUCUGGGCCCAGGGGAGACAAAGAUUCCGGUCACUUUGUCCAAGGUUCAAAAUGUCCAGCCUCUGUCGGCAACCUGAAGCCUUCCCCGCCCCUGUUGUCCCCCUUAUGGCUCACACACCUUGGGAAAAGGAGCGCUGGUUUCCGAGAUGACAAGGAUUGGACAGUGGCCCACCUUGGGCUGUUUGCCAAGGGGCUUGGAGUGCGGGAGGGAGCUUAUACGUGCUUGCUACAGGUGAUUUGGUGACAGCAGUGUCACCGUGUCACCAUCACCUGUCUGCGGGCAUCCAGCGGCUUCAAGCAGAUGCUCUCUGCCUGCCUCGAGCCCCCCUGGAGUCUUCUUUUGGUUGUCGUGACCUUGGCUGAUUCUCCGUGUUGUCUAAAGUGUUCAACCUUUCAGACAGGCUAACGUGGUCCAUUUUGUUUUCUGAUAGUUGGUUUUUCUACUCCCUCCUGCGUGGUGCUGUCUCCUACCUGUGUCUCUCUGUGUAUAAGAUAUUGUCAUGUGUUCAUAGAAACCUGAAGUUGCCUGAUUUUGACUUGAACAUUAGUCUUUUACUUACAUCUUACCAUGAAGUUCCAGAGAUGAAACACAAAUGUAUCCGUGUUCUCCAUAAAUCUUAGUGUUUUCUCCAGAUUCUUUUUUUCUCAUUUAAAAAGCUAAAAUUGCCAACCUUAGAAUUUUGGUGAGAAAAACUAAUAUUGGAAGUGUAUGCUUAUGCAAUGCCCGGAAGCACUGGAUUUAAAAACCCAAGAAAUUUGAAUUCCUACUACUAACUAGCUGUGUGAUUUGCAAGAAUCAUUUGGCUUCCUUCCUACGCCUCUUUCCCCAUGUGUAUAGUGGGAGUCUAGGGACCUGUCCUCUGCCCUAUGUCCUCGAGUCUCUGCAGCAAGGAGGUUUAUUAUCUUGUGGCUGUCCCCACGAUGGGUUUUUUCAGAACUGGACUCCUGGAAAUCACUGAGUUUGCAAUUUUCACACUGCGGACCCUGGAAUGUCCAACCCCAGCAGUUUAUACAAUGCUAUCAUAUUUUUAUAAAGACAACAGCAAGCAUCCUCACGUAAGAAACCCCUAGUGAUAUGAACCUGAAAAGAAAGUUUUGUUCUUGAAGGUGUUUUAUUCUCCAGCAAGAAGCCCCUCUCACACCAUGCACUUUGAUUAAUCUGUGGAAUUAAAUUAGGCUGAUGAAAAUGAAAGGAAUGAUGACCUUGGUGUCCUGUGAGGAUAUGUGCCACCUUAGAGUUCUGUCUUUUCUUUUCCCCCUUCCUUAAUCGGAUAAAUAAAACAUGCGAAUGAGACAAACCUGAAGUUCAUGGUCAUCUGUCACCAUGGCUGUUUUCCCUCCAAAGUGUAAUUUUCCAUCCUGAGAAUGAAUACACUCUGAUGUUCCCUGGAUAAAUGGAGAAUAAAUAAAGCAAUUGGUGA